GAAUAUAUAUAUAUAUGAUGGAAUUGAAGGUGUAUUCAUUCAACGCCUAUCUCUGAUCGUUAAUGGUAUUACAUGUGUAUCGGAAAAGUGGCGAAUCCAAGAGAGAGAACGAGGGGGGGUAGUAGAGGUAGUGAAGAUCAUGAUGAUGUUAUGAGGUUGGAAUCGUUAGUUUCGCCCAUGUUUUCCGGGCUUGACAGGGAACACGAGAUGUCUGUAAUGGUUUCAGCUUUGACGGACGUGGUGGCCGGCCGCCGUCCUCACCCGACCGCCGGAGAGAAUUGGGAACCGGAGGAGCAUCGCCAGUUUUUGGAAUCAUCAUCAGUUGAUACAGUUUGCAGCUCAUAUCACAAUUUUUCCAUUGCUAAUACUGCUAGCGCUGCAGGAGGAUAUUCAGGUGGGGAGUCUAGUGCAAUAAUAAGAUCAAGUGAAGCUGCAUCCUUUGUAUAUACUCCACCUGCUAAUAGCACAGGGAGAGGAGAUAAUAAUGCGGGGGAAAGAAGAAGAUACAGAGGAGUGAGGCAGAGGCCGUGGGGGAAAUGGGCGGCGGAAAUCAGAGAUCCAUUCAGAGCGACGAGAGUGUGGUUGGGCACCUUCGACACCGCCGAGGCCGCAGCCAGAGCCUACGACGAAGCCGCCCUCAGAUUCCGCGGCAGCAAAGCCAAACUUAAUUUCCCAGAAAACGUGAGGCUCCUCUUGCCCCCCAUUCCCAACCCCCUACAAAAUCCUACUAUUCCUUCUUCAUCUUCCCAGCCCCUUCAAACUCACAACCAUUUCAUCAACCACCCUCAAAGUUUUCUACAACAAUUAAUGUUAUCAUCUUCAUCUUCGUCGUCGUCUUCAUCUUCCAUGCCUUAUGCUCAUUAUCAGCCUCAGCCUCCGGUUGGCACUCAGAGUACUUCUUGCUCAGAUUCUGCUUAUCACCACCCUUCUUCAUCUGGAUAAGGAUUCUCCAAUCCUUUUUUUUUUUCGAUAGAUAUUGCAAUAUAAUCCGUGAUUGUAUUUUUGGAAGAAAAUGAGAUGCAGCCACGUCUGGAAGGACAGACUCUAUUUUGCUUCUACACAAAUGGUUACGUUGUUAAGCUAAUUAUACAUUUAUGAUUGAAUUUAUUAUACAUUCAUUUCAAUUUUUCAGUGUUUGGCUAUUUUCUUCUCACUAUUUGGCUAUUUAAAAAAACAUAAAGUAUAGUAAAAAAAAAAACUUGUAAUCAAGCGACAUAAUUGUGGUUCUCCUAAAUGGAAGGUCACCAAUUCGAAAA